AGCUGUUUCGCUUUCGGUAUAAAAGAAGACGUGCUGUAAUGGUCCCACUGCAUUCUGUGAGCAGUGUGUAGAUUUUUGCACCAAAAUUAGAACGUGGAGAGAAGUUAUUUGUUGUGAGACUAUAUACUGUCGCAUAACAAAGAAGCUGUUGUAUUUCUCCGUACGGCGACCAAAUUUGUGUUGCGAAACAGCACCGAAGACUGCGAGAUCAAAAUUUCUGCGGCUCCCUGUCAACGUCAUCAGAUAUGAUGCGACAAUUUGAGUCACCAAAUGACUCAGGAGUCAACUACAACCAGCAUGGUGGUCAACGGCACUACGUGAGUAGUGAGUGCUGGUCGCCUCGAGAUAACGCCUCUCACCGCUUGGAUCGGAAAGAACGACACGGCGGCCUUGGUCAGCGCAUUAGUGUUGAGAGUGCUGUCAUCAGUAGCCGUGACUCCCGCCUGGGACGUACUUCCUCUAUGCCCGACUUCACAUGGAAGACCGACAAAUCACUUCCAGAACUCAAGCGUUUCUCCUCGGAGCACGACGCUUUGAAGACGCCAUUGUGUUACUGCACGGAAUCGUAUUCAGGACUGUCAUGUUUCACCAACCAGGACAACUAUUUAACAAGUGACCGCCACUUCGCACUGAAAAGAACAAUAUCAGUAAGUGAUUUAACAAAAACUGACCGUGAACUAAACAUACUCCCAUCAGAACUAGAUUUCAGCUCGUUUCCCAGAAAUCCUAUAGAAGGCACGAUAGCACUAUCAAGAACUCAAAGCAAUAAUUCAUUAACAUCCAAUCAAUCCUACUUUGUGCCAAAAAUCUCUCAAUCUGAAACUGAGUUGGUAAACUUGAUGGUGACUUUUAUUAACUCCUUUUAAAAAUGGUCGCUAAUCUAAAAUAAAAAAAAACAAAAUAAUGAAGUAUUAAGAUCAAAAUCACAAUAGCAUGAAACAGCAACUAUGCUGGAACAAAAAUUUGCUUUCGGCCUGAAGGUGUCAUGAUAAGAAAAUUCAUAAUUUCAUUCUCACAAAUCAUGCUGAUCCCCUAGACGCGGUCUUUGAUAAUAGUCAAUGUAUGUGGUACGACAGAACGAGCUUCUAACCCAGAAAUGAACUAAAACGCAAUUAAUUCUGUAAGUCAGUUGUGUGUGCACUGGCAGAUAAUUCAUUUCUAUGUACCAAGAUGAUGUAUUAGAAGUCUGCGUUAUGUGAACGAUGAAGACACUAACCUCAAAUAGACUGUAACUAGACGACGAAUAUGUGGGCUCUGGCAGAAGAUCCUUUCUUUGAGUGUACCAAGAUUUUGUAUUAAUAGUCUAUGUGAUGCGACCGAUAAAGUCACUAAACCCAAACAGACUGUAACUCGACGGCGAAUAUGUGGCCUCUGGCAGAAGAUCCUUUCUUUGAGUGUACCAAGAUUUUGUAUUAGUAGUCUAUGUGAUGCGACCGAUAAAGACACUAAACCCAAACAGACUGUAACUCGAUGACGAAUAUGUGGGCUCUGGCAGAAGAUCCUUUCUUUGAGUGUACCAAGAUUUUGUAUUAGUAGUCUAUGUGAUGCGACCGAUAAAGUCACUAAACCCAAACAGACUGUAACUCGACGACGAAUUUGUGGCCUCUGGCAGAAGAUCCUUUCUUUGAGUGUACCAAGAUUUUGUAUUAGUAGUCUAUGUGAUGCGACCGAUAAAGACACUAAACCCAAACAGACUGUAACUCGACGACGAAUAUGUGGGCUCUGGCAGAAGAUCCUUUCUUUGAGUGUACCAAGAUUUUGUAUUAGUAGUCUAUGUGAUGCGACCGAUAAAGACACUAAACCCAAACAGACUGUAACUCGACGACGAAUUUGUGGGCUCUAGCAGAAGAUCCUUUCUUUGAGUGUACCAAGAUUUUGUAUUAGUAGUCUAUGUGAUUCGACCGAUAAAGACACUAAACCCAAACAGACUGUAACUCGACGACGAAUUUGUGGGCUCUGGCAGAUUAUGCUUUUCCGUCUGCAUACCAAGAUAGGAAAUUAUUACUGUGUGAACAGUUACCGAUAAUGACUUUCUUUUCAUUUAUUAUAUUACGAAAUUAUUAAUAUGUGUCGACUGACAGAUAAAGACGUGCUGGCUCAUUUCCAUGUAAUACCAAAAUUAAUGUAUGUUUUGGCAGAUGUAACUAUUCUAAAGAAAUUGUCAUGAAUUCUCUCCUGGUUGUAUGUGUCGUCACAAAAUUAUAAUAAUUUUUUUUCGGUCGAAU